AAGACAGACGCCCAACCGCUCUGACUAUCUGGUUGUGCGCCUCAUCGGCCCAUUUUCACUUCGGCCUCGCAACCGAAAGUACCCCACCCACGCACUCGAUUCCUUUCGCUCUCUGUGCGUUCUUGUCAGAUCGCGACGAGGAUCCAGUGAUCGAGUUUGAAGCGUUUUGCGUCCGGGUCUCAGCAUUGAACACUUGACACAUUGACACGCCGUUAGGACGAUGCAUUGUGUAUUGGUUCGCGUGAUCACGGCGGCCUGCCUCGUGAUGGCGGCGGUGCACGCACAGGAGAGCACAAGCGGCAGCGGCAGCCUUGACGAAGUUGUGGGUGUCGAACAGCAGCAGCAGCAGGAACAGACCACUACAGUCCCCGCUACGACGGCCCCGACCAGCACGAGCUUCACCAGCUCCUCGCUGGGCCUUGGCUCGCUGUUGUCGAACACUGUGACCGGCACGGUGGACUCGGCUACGGACGUCGUGGACCAGGUGACGGACACGACCACAUCGACGGUACAGGACGUGACCAACACAGUCGGAUCGACGGUGGACGGCGUGACCAAGACGACAGGCUCAGUCGUGAACGGAGUGACCAACCCGGCAGUGGACGACGUAACUCAGACAGCGACCUCGACGGUCGGCGAUGUAGCCAAGACUGCCACUUCGACGGUGGGCGACGUGACCAAGACUGCCACCUCGACUGUAGGCGACGUGACCAAGACAGCCACUUCGACGUUGGGCGAUGUAGCCAAGACUGCCACUUCGACGGUGGGCGACGUGACCAAGACGACUGCUUCAACUGUAGGCGAUGUGGUUCAGACGGCCGGAUCGACGCUUGAUGGAGUAACGCAGACGGUAGGCUCCACGGUGGACACUGCGGAUGAUACGCUCGAUAGUGUCGAGGACCAGUUGGGUUCUACUCUCGACGACGUGACUCAAACGGUGGGCUCAACCCUGGACGAUGUGACGCAGACUGUUGGCUCUACAUUGGACGAUGUUACGGAUACCGUGGAUGACGUUACGGAUACUGUUGGCUCGACCUUGGACGAUAUGCCGUACACGGUCGGCUCGACGCUGGAUGAUGUUACGCAAACUGAUGGCUCGACAGUUAGUGGCAUCACGAAAACUUUGGGCUCGACGGUGAACGGAGUUACGCAGACUGUCGGCUCGACGGUUGGUGGAGUUACGCAGACUGUGGACGACGUGGUGGACACUGUGGCCCCUGUCGUAAAGAAGGUGGCCAACACGGCCGGGUCGACUGUCAGCACGGUGGCUAACACCACGUCGAAUAUCGUCAAGACUGCGGCCCCCGUCGUUAAUACUAUCGCUAACACGGCAGGAUCAACGGUGAACAAGGUGACCGACACUGCGUAUAACGUCGUCAAGACUGUGUCCCCAGUCGUCAACAAGGUGCCUGACACGGUGACCAACACGGCCGGCUCGACGGUGAACACGGUGACUAGUACGGUCAAGAAUGUGGCCCCAGUCGUCAACAAGGUCACUAGCACGGUGGCCAAUACGGCAACCAACACGGCUACGAAUGUGGUUACCCCUACAACGAACUUGGUCACAGACUCGGUUACCCAGACGGUGGGCAGUACGACGUUCGUGAAGGCUGGACUUCCGUCUACGCCUGCUAGUCCGCCUGCCACGACUGCGCCGCCCACGACUGCACCUGCCACGAAGGCGCCCACUAAGACCGGCACGAAGACCGGCACUACCACGCCCACAUCGCAGCAGACUUCGCCGUCGCAGAAGGAGGAAGAGAAGACCAAGACGACCCCACACAUCAUCACUCUGACGGCUACGGAGUCGUCUGGCUCCAAGACAGACACCCCCGCCGGCCAGACCGACUCGGACUCUAGCAAAUCUAGCUCCAAGAACAAGAAGAGCACGUCUGCCGGCGAUGAGUCUGACAGCAGUGACGAGUCUGUGUUUGCCCGUAAAUCUUCGUCUUCGUCCUCGUCGGCCGACGUGGCUGACGUGACCAAGAAGCCUUCGACCAAGAAGACCGCAAAGACAAAGACCUCUUCCGACUCCGCUUCGGCCGAUGACAGCAACUCUGAUUCUGGUUCUGGCUCAAAGGAGGUUGGCGUUCCCGACGACUCUGCUUCUACCGCGGAGGGAUCGACGUCCAUGUCGGGGUCGAUGGAAGGUCCCGACGUGGGCGAUGUGUUGACUCCCGAGCCUAAGACGACGCUGCGUCCGGAACCUGUUCCUACGACUGCCGCCCCGGCCCCGGCUGCACCGGCGGCUACGACGGCCCCGCCGGCCUCAGAAUCAACGUCUGGAAGUGGCAGUUUGACGAGUCAGGAAGCUCAGGCCAAGCGCGCAGAGGACGUGUCGGGUAAGGGCGGCUCAGGCACAUCGCUUAUGGUGGGUGUCGUUGGCCUUGCGGGCUGUGCGGCCAUUGUCGCUGUCUUUGCGUACGUGAAGAAGCAGAACAACGACACGGAGGCCACAGGUCCUGACGGUGCACGCAGCUCUGCCACCACGGCGGACGGCGCUCGCCCGUCAGAGGACAGCGUGUACAACGACCCGUUGGGCACGCGGUACUCCAGUAUCGUCAUGAUCACGCCCAACGGCGACGGCGUGUGCAUCUUGUAGAUGGAGUGAGUGGCGCUGCGAAUAAGCACCAUAGAGGGCGACAGCGCUUUGUGAAUUUGAACGACAUGUUGAUAGCUUUUCCCUCGGAGAUUUUGACCUUAAGUAAUCGAGAGUUUGGCCGAGUGAGUUUAUCAACAACUUUCCC